AUGACACAGUACGAAUACUACCUCGGCGCCUUGGGCCUUGUCGCGGGCCUCUCGCUCUACGUCGGCCUCCGGGCGCCGUCCAUGCGCACGCUCCUCCUCACGUGCCUGGCGUGGAUCAAGGGUGUCCCGAUUGUCUGGGUCGACUCGCCGGCGCUGGCCGCCAAGGUGCUCAAGGCGUCGACGUACAAGGGCAUCUUUAUCGAGCGCGUGUACGGCGAGCCAGCGUGGUUCCCGAUCGUGUCGCUCGAGUCGGUGGACGACCCGCAGUGGAGCCGCAUGAAGGCCAACCUCAUGCACCUCAUGAAGAAAUUGCCGUCGUCGCAGGCGCUGCAGACCAUCACGACGCGCAUCACCGACAAGUACCUCGCGGACCACGACGUCUUGGACUCGAACGGCAUCGUGUACAUUACGGUCGCUGCGUUUUACGAGUGGAUCUUUGCCAAGGCCUUCCCGGCCGACGCGACCUUUGUGUGCGACUCGACGUGGGAGUGGCGCAAGGAGCUCGCGCUCAAGGGCAAGGGCGACAUGGCGCUCAAGCAGCGCGUCGUCGACUGGACCAUCGAGCAAGUCAAGGCAACCCCCGCGAUUUUUGACAUCUUUGGCGACAAAUGGGCCGAGCCCGAGUACUUUUCGCUCUUGCUGCAACCCUUCUUCCUCUCGCCCGCGAUCAACGUCUCGGACGUGGCUGUCACCAUGGGCUCGCUUGCGCGCCGGGAGAUGCUCGACGAGAACCUCGGCGACACGAUCAACAAGGCGCUCGAUAUGGCGCACCCGUUUGUGAUUGCGGAGCGCUUCCUCGAGCACGGCCUCGAGACGGACGACGUCAAGAUCGCGCCCGGCACCCAAGUCUUCAUCCCGAUGGACUACAUGACGACGGACAAUGUGAUUCGGUUCGGCGCGGGCGCGCGCAAGUGCCCCGGGCAGUUCCAGGGCACGGCGCUCAUGCUCGGCCUCUUCCAAAAGCAUGUGCUGGAAAGCCCGAAAUUCCAGCCGGCGCUCCACCACAAGUACUCGGGGCGCGACCAAGACGGUCAAGAAACGUUCACGGAGCUCGUGUACCAGGCGUACGUCAUUGGCGCGUCGUUCUACGAUGCGAUCGUGACGGCGCUGUCGCCGGCCAAGACCGCAGCCUAG